GCUAGAUCGAAAGUAAGUCGGUCAUAUAAGGUGUGACUAUUUAUUUUAUGUUCUAGUUAUUGACUUACCUAAUUUAGGUAGCAUUGUUUUAUAUUUGCUAAUACCCUGUCAGAGCUUUUAAAUACACGUACAUAAACCAAAUGUCACUAAUGGCGGACAAAAGUCCUGCUGCAGCUCCAACCCCCCAACAGGUUCCCCAAGCCUGGCAUUACAACAUGAAUAUGUACAAUAUGAACAUGUAUCAAAACCCAUAUAUGUACAAUCCUGCUGCCUAUGGAGCCCAUAACUACUACCAAUAUUAUGGACAGCGAAUGCCCAAUUGGGGAAAUUAUCAAGGGUAUCCUCCCGGUACACAACUGAGGCCUUGGGGUAUGCCACCACAACCUCAACCACAGCAGCAGUUACCCCCUGGUCUUGAUCAACAGCCACAAAUACCAGCUGAGCAGCAGCAGCAGCAACAACAGCAGCAGCAGCAGCAGCAACCAGCUGAAGAAAUCAUGGCUUUGGCAACUAACACUACCAACAAUCAGGACUAUCAAAUGCAUGAUUUUCGAAAUUCAAGUUUUUGUUCAAGCCCAUGGCUCUUGAAUGAACCUAAUGAGCAAAAUAAUGAGCUGCCACCACUUCCACCUGGUCCACCGCCUGGCACCCCUGCACCGCCAGGAACUCAGGCACCCCCACCAAGGCCACCAUUUCAUCAGUAUACUCAUGAGAAAAAGGAAUCUUAUUCCCCAUCAAGAUAUUUUGAUAGUAGACAACAUAUGGAGGAUCAUAGUUACAACAAGCCAGAUUAUCCUCCUGGAAAUAAUAAUUGUAUUGUUCUUGAAUCUUCUCAGUGGAAAACAAUUAAUGUCAUUUCUAGAAUUGAAGAUAACUCUGAUGGGAACAAUGAAUCUUAUUCGCCAUCAAGAUUUUUCAAUAAUCGACUGUGUAUGGACGGUCAUAGUUACAACAAAUCCGAUUAUCCUUCUGGAAAUAGUAAUUGCAUUGUUCUUGAACCUUCUCAGUGGGAAACAAAUAAUGACAUUAAUAGAAUCCAAGAUGGCACUGCUCCCCCCAUCAACACAACUAAUGCUAUAUCUGGUGGAGUUGCAAUAGGAGUAAGUGGAGGUGUUGGUGCCAGUGGUGGAGUUGGUCCGAUUAGAUUCAAUAUGAAUGCUCAAAGGCCAAGACCUCAAUUGUCUCAGGCCAAUCCAUUAGGUGUUCGGCCGGGUCAGCAGACUACAAGUAGCAAAAGAAAAAACAAGAAGAAGAAAAAGCAGCAGCAACAACAACAGCAACAGCAGCAGCAGCAGCUUCAGCUUCAACAACAAUUGCAGCAACAGAUGGCUGAGGAUGAGGAUGAGCCCGAAACUCCUCCUUUGCCUGCCAGCCCACCCCCUCCUCCACCACCUCCUCCACCUCCCGCAUGUCCUCCCCCGCCACCACAGCAACAGCCUUUGCCUGCUUCUGUUGGUGUUGCUUUAAUGACCCAACAUCCUCCUGGCAUUAGAUAUGUUGAUGAUUGGCCUCCAUCCUUAAGGGAUUAUGUCAACAGGUGUUAUGCGAAAUGCGUAUUGCAAGUCGAUAUGGAUCGAGUUGGUGUGAUCCUGAAAGGAAAGAUACUUAGAGCCACAAGCGAUGGUACCCUUUGGACCAAGAACUGGACCGAAGAGCCAUUACCGUUGCUGGACAGCGAUUCUAAACCAGCUGGUGGUUUGACACUAGGAAUGAAUUUAAAAGAUAAAUUGAAUAAAAUGUCUUCUCGACUUGGACCUCCUCAAAAGAACCAAGAUCAACCACAACAAAUAAGCAACCAAGAGAUUAGUAUUAACAGACCACAUAAGAGGUCAUCUUACAGGCCGUCAUUCAAAAGAAAUUAUUCAAGUGAUAGUAGCAGUUCUUCAUCAAGUGAUAGCGAUGAUAACAGCAGCUCUAACAAUAAGAGGUCAUCAAGGGACAAAAGGUCGUCACAGUCUUGGAGCAAUAAAAGGCAUUCUUCUAAAAAAUCCGAAAAGGCUCAUUUGUACAAAGAAUAUGGAAGUAUUGGGGGAGGAGUAGGUGGCCCUAUUAGGAAAGAAGUUCUUGACAAAAGAGCUGCUAGGUUUUCUUGUGACAAUACCAAUCGCAAUAAGAACGGUCUUAAUACUUCGAGUUCGUCGCCCCCCUUAUAUGUCAUUGAUUCGAAGCCUAAUUCUCAGUAUAUGAUACCAAAUGUUGCUAGUGUAGUAAACAGUGCAAACGGUGGAGCUACUGGAAGCAACAGUGGUGGAAUUCAUGAUUGGGAAGAGGACCUUCACAUCGUGGGUACAUCUACUGAUAUUGAAAAGCAAUAUCUCCGGUUAACGUCUGCCCCGGAUGCAUCCCAAGUCAGGCCACCUCAGAUUUUGGCCAAGGCAUUGUCUUUGGUCAAAGAGAAGUGGGCAAAGGAAUCAGACUACCAUUAUACCUGUGAACAGCUAAAGUCUAUUCGGCAAGACCUUACUGUACAAGGUAUCAGGGACGAAUUCACUAUUGAAGUGUAUGAAACUCACGCUCGUAUUGCUCUUGAAAAAGGUGAUCAUGCAGAAUUCAACCAAUGCCAAUCUCAAUUAUGCCAAUUGCACACGCCAAGUUCUAAAAAUAGGGGUGAAUUUGUUGCCUACAGAAUUCUUUAUUACAUUUUUACAAAUGAAUUUUUAGAUCUCUCUACAUUAGUUAAUUCAUUACGUGAAGAAGACAAGGCUGAUGACUGUAUAAACCAUGGGCUGAAGAUGGCAAAAGCCUGGACGAGUGGUCUUCAUUCUAAACUUUUUAAACUUUACCUAACGGCACCUCGUAUGUCACCAUACCUCAUCGAUUGGUUCUUAGCCAGGGAGAGGUUGAAGGCUCUCAAAGUCAUUAUUAAAGCUUAUCGACCAGCGGUGCCUGUCGAUUUGCUGAUGAAGGAACUAGCUUUCGGAUCGAUAGGAGAUACCCUCGAGUUUGUUGAUAAGUUUGGACUCAUUUUUACUGAUAGCUCAAGGACUAUGGUAGACUGCAAGUCAAGCACACCAAUUUUGGCUGCAGUCUGAUUAUAUUGAUUUUAAACCAGUCUUUUAUAUUUUUUUACUGAAAAACAAAAAAUCCUCGGUAAAAAAAAAAAAGGCUAAGAAUAUUUUUUGUUUUUUUUUUAACUCAGUACAUUAUUCCAAUCGAUUAUUGGUAUCGUUUAUGUAUUUAAUAGAAGAACAGAUUUCAAGGACCAAGUUGAAUUAUCUGCAGUUAAAGGAUGGGGUCUAAUAAUAGUUGAUUUACAAAGGGAGGUUACGUUACGUCUUAGUCAAUGAAUAGGAAGACGAAAAAAAAGUUAUGAAAUAAACACAGAAAUGAAGAUUUAGAAGAAAGUGAAAUCAGCGAGCGAAUAUCUUUACAUAGCAGAAACAUAACAAGAAAAACAACAAAUCAUCACAUUCGCUAUUUUUUUUCCAGGUUGUUUUUGUGGUAUUGUUUCAUUGUGCAGUGUUUCUGUCUUCAUAUCAUCAUCUCGCUCUUUACCAGAUUUGUCUCGUCAACAUUCUAUUAUUUAUUUAUUUUUUCUUUGAAUUUAUAUGCAUAUAAUAAAUGUUACUAAAAUGCAUCUAUUUUUAUUUAUUUAUAUUGAAGAAAGCCUCAGGAAUUAUUAAGGAGGGGCUAUCUACCAACUCAAGAACAGGUUGAAAUCAAUUGAUGUGCUCUUGUGUAAUUUAUAUUGUAAAUAAAUUGUAUAUUUUAUUUCU